AAUCUCUGCAUGGGGAGGGGUGGGUAGGGAGACAGCGGGAGAGAGAGACAGAUAUUACAAACAUCAGAGCAGGUAGUGUUUAGGGCAAGACUCCUUCCACCUUCAACAACUGGGUACCUGGGCUGCGCUUCCACCCUGGGACAGCCUCCUGCUCCCAGCCCUCCCUGAAAAAACUAGUGGAAAGGACUUUCUGCCUCCCUCUAUCUGGCGUCCUUCUCCAGGUUUUUCCAUAAGGAGGAAUGAUCUACCAGCAAUUCAGCCCAGUUUCUGGGUAACAAGUGAUAGGACAAGAGGAAAUGGCCUCAAGUUGUUCCAGGGAAAGAACCUCUUCACAGAAAAAGUGGUCAAGAUCUGAAACAGGUUGCCCACAGAAGUGAUGGAGUCACCAUCCUUGGAGGAAUUUGGGCCACAGAGAAGAAAAUUGAAUAUGAUGAAGAACGAAGAAACAAGUUUUAAUGUGGACAAUACCCGAGCCUCUCCCUUCUCCCUCUGCCUGCAGCCACUCAGCCCCGUUACAAAGCCACACAGAGCAACACAAUUUGAUGAAGAAUUCAGAACACACCUCUCACAUUUCCGCUAUGGUCCUCCUCCUCUUGAAAACAUGGAAACAUUCCAGGGGUCCUUGGAAGGAGGGUCUCGCAAACGUAAGAGCAUGCCAACAAAAAUGCCUCCUCCCAUCACCCUUGAGGAUUCCUCAUCAUCACCAGAUCGACCUGAGGAUCACGACAUGGGCUCUUCCAGUCUCCCCUUGGUGUUCCAACAGCCAACUCAGCCCAAGUACAGUUCCCAGAUGAUUGACCUCUGCAACUUUGGUUUUCAGUUCUACAGAACUCUGGAGCAUUUUGGAGCCAAGCCCAUUAAGCAAGAACCAGUGAAGCCUAGCAUGGCAUGGCCCAGUAACCCAGCAUUCAUGCAGGCUCCUUACCCUUAUUAUCCUAAAGUCCAUCCUGGCUUAGUGUUUCCUUUCAUUGUACCACCAAACUUUCAUUUCAGGAACCCUUUGCAAAUGAAAAGACCUGCAGAACCACCCUUCAGGAGGGCUGAAGUAAGAGAAAGUGGUGAAAACAAACAGAAAGUGGAAAGAGUAGAUGUCAACCUUCAGAUAGAUGACAGCUACUAUGUUGAUGUGGGGGGUGAGCAGAAACGCUGGCAAUGUCCCAUGUGUGAGAAGUCCUAUACAUCCAAGUACAAUUUGGUCACCCAUAUCUUGGGUCACAGUGGCAUUAAACCACAUGCUUGCACCCGGUGUGGCAAGCUUUUCAAGCAGCUGAGCCACUUGCACACGCAUAUGUUGACACACCAGGGCACUCGGCCACAUAAGUGCCAGGUGUGCCACAAGGCUUUCACUCAAACCAGUCACCUUAAGAGACACAUGAUGCAACACAGUGAUAUCAAACCUUACAACUGCAGGAUCUGUGGCAGGGGUUUUGCCUACCCCAGUGAACUGAAAGCACAUGAGUCUAAGCAUGAGAGUGGACGAGAGAACAUUUGUGUGGAGUGUGGUCUGGACUUUCCAACUCUGGCCCAGCUGAAGAGACACCUAACCACCCACCGUGGCCCUAUACAGUACAAUUGCACCGAGUGUGAUAAGACCUUCCAGUACCCAAGUCAGCUGCAAAACCACAUGAUGAAGCACAAAGACAUCCGCCCAUACAUCUGCACUGAAUGCGGCAUGGAGUUUGUGCAGCCCCACCACCUGAAGCAACACUCCCUGACUCACAAGGGUGUGAAAGAGCACAAAUGUGGAAUUUGUGGCCGGGAAUUUACUCUGCUGGCCAACAUGAAGCGACAUGUCCUGAUCCACACCAAUAUCAGAGCCUAUCAAUGCCAUUUGUGCUUCAAGAGCUUUGUGCAAAAGCAGACUCUCAAGGCCCACAUGAUUGUUCACUCUGAUGUCAAACCCUUUAAAUGCAAGCUGUGUGGAAAGGAGUUUAACAGAAUGCACAAUUUAAUGGGACACAUGCACUUGCACUCAGAUAGUAAGCCAUUUAAGUGCCUCUACUGUCCCAGCAAAUUCACCUUGAAGGGGAACCUAACCAGGCACAUGAAAGUCAAACAUGGAGUCAUGGAAAGAGGAUUUCACUCUCAAGGUUUUGGAAGAGGAAGGAUUGCUCUGUCCCAGACAAAUGUCUUGAGAAGCUUGGAACAGGAAGAGCCAUUUGAUCUGUCCCAGAAAAGCCAAGGGAAGGGUAUCUCAUUUCAUUCUGAUGGUGAGAGUGCCAAGGGAAGCUCAUGUCAGGAAGAAGAGGAAGACAACUGCUAUGAGGUGGACCGAUACAGCCCUGCCACAUACCAUCAUGAUGACAACAAGCUGUACAUGGCUCAAGAUCUCUCUGGCAAACCUGAGUGCAUGAUGAAGGACUUCAGAGAGUCCUACUGCAAUGAGAAGAAAGAGGUGUUAAGUGAGGGAGGACUGGGGAAGAGAAUAGGAAAUUCAGACAAAGAGGAGAGAUGUGGAGAGGGAGAGCUUGCAAACAGCAAAGAACAUCUCAGCUUUAGAUCCUUUGAAAAGGCCAGACUUGGUCACUCUCUCUCUGAUUACUUGUAUUUCAAGCACAAGAACAAGAGUUUGAAAGAAUUGCUGGAAAAAAAAAUGGAAAAACAAACAAUGCUUCUAGGCAUUUAAAAUGGACAUUUUUAAAACAGCUGGAAAAUGGUAACCAGGAAUAUUUUAACAUGAAUUGUAAGCUAUUAAAGCCUGGAAGUCUGUAGUAGUAUUUAGAAAUAAAUAAGCCAAAUUAUUAAAAAUAAUUUAGGGUAAACCACAUACAUUAAAAGAAUAAAACAGCUUGAGGUCACCAAGAAAUGCAAUAGAUAUUGAAAAAUAACACUUUAAUAUUUAUCCGUUUAAUGUAUAACAGACAAUGGGUUGGGUACAGAAGUUUACUUUCUAUUAUAUGGGGAUAGAUACUUACAUGCAAUUUUCUACUUAGCAGAAAGCAAUAUAUUUUAGCAUCUGAUUUCUUAUCUGACUAAAUAUAUAUGAAAACUUCUAACCAUAUGCCUCAAAAAUAUCUGAAAAUACAAAGUAUUUCGCAUUAUAAGCCAGAGUACUAUUAAACAUGGCAUGCAUGAAAGUGCUGUCGACAUUCAGAACUAACACAGUCCAAAUAUUUGAUUUACUGAAGUGACUCUUAGUGCAACUACUUACAAUGAGAAAUGUUAAACAAAAUAAUAAGAAGAACUAAUGUCUAGGGAGGCAGUAAAGGACAGUUCUCUAAGGCUUUAAAAGGAAUUUAUUACAAAAGUUCUCUGGCACAAGGAAUAUUCGUGCUUUGCUGUGUUUCAGCCAGUAUGGGAGUGUUCAGAAAUUCUGAAGUGAAAUAGCAUAGAUUGUGUUGACAUUCUGUUCUACUGCCUGCUUGGACCAACACGUGUACUGGGGGGCAUCAGCAUGCCGUAUUCACAAUCUUGCCAUAGUUACAUAUAACACAGUAUGAGUAAUUCAAAAUGAAAAAGUUAUGCAGCUUCACCAUUUAUCUCUUCAGUUUAUCAUUGCUAGUAAGGAUAAUUUUGGAAUACACAGAUCUGGUCAUUUUUUGUUUCAGGGGGUAAAAACCACCCUUACAGAACAAGCAGUACCUCACAGAGGAAAACUUUCCUCUUAUUAAGGUCAGAAAACUUCUCUUAUUAAACACUUCUUGAGCAGUAAGUGGCAGGCCUUUCAGACAAAUUUCACUCAUGCUGUUUUUAUGGAGUCAAACUCAGCUUUUCAUCCUCUGAUUCCCCUACAGUUAUAAGCUUAUAACCAACAUGGGGAAAGCCUAUUCAUUAAACUUUUCAUUAAUGACAUGAAUACUUUGAACAGCAUAUUAGUUCCUACAUCUUCAAGAAAGAUGACAAGCAGCCCUGAAUUGUCCUAUUGCUUACGUGGAAAUAAAAAUUCAAUUAAUCAUAAAAUUUGUCCUAUGUCCUUUGGACAUCCCAGCUCAAAAGGUUAAAAUCCAUAUAUAUGGUACAUCUCUUCCAAAUAUUACUGCCUUCUUCACUUACCUGCUGAGUUCUUGAUUUGAGAUGCAUUGCAAUCAUGCUCUCUGUAUAGCAAGUUAUAAUUAAAUAUAGUCAUCUACUUUUAUGGCUUGCUAAGACCAGUCAUGUAGCUGCAGCUCUCUGCCCCUAUAAGAAAACACACACCUCUCAAAUUAAUGAUCCUCAUGCCUACCACUUAAGCAGCAUUCACAGGGCAAGGUCCUUAUUUUUCAUAUAACUGGGUUUGUGUAGUCCAAGGCUACAGGCAGUGUUUUCCUUUUUCAAGGCUCAAACAUGGCAUAACAUAUGCAGAAAUUCAUGCAGAAAAACCUAUUGAUAAAAGAAAGAGUAACAUCCAGGUGACUUUCCUAAAUUAAAUCUAUGUCUGAUGUGCAUAUUUUUAAAAAUAAAAAUGUUAUGCCAAAUUGAACUGGAAGGUAGGUCACUUUAGAAUUUAAAAAGUCUUUGAGGUGUAUUUUAGAGGUCUAUGGUCAUGUUUCUUCAGGGAUUAACUGUUCUAUCAUAAACAUUCCUCUUCCUUGCUUUAGCUGUAAGAUGAUGCCUAUUGAAAAAGGAGCUAUCUUUCUUUCAAGGAAGACAUUGUGGACAAGCAAAAAAGUUAGGAAAUUUUUAGGAUAAUGAGUGAAACUGUACUAUGUACACAGCCCUUCCAUUGCAAACUCUUGUCUAUUAAUUGGAGAGUGCUAUGGGACAGCUAGACAAUUCUUAUCAAGAAAGAAACAAAGUAUUACAUACCAAUUGCAGUCCAGACAAAUGGAGCAAAAGAGACAUUUUCAGCAGAGUUCAGCUCCCAGCCACUAAGAUCAUAGGAUGCGUUCUAUCUGGGCUUCAGCAAAGGCUUUGAUACAUUAUCCAUGGCAUUCUCCUGGAAAAGCUGACAGCUCGUGGCUUGGGCGGAUGAAGUCUUCGCUUGGAUUAAAACAUGGCUGUAUAGCCAGGCCCAGAGAGUGGUGGUUAAUGGAGUUAACUGCAGUUGGCAGACAGUCACCAGUGGUGUUGCCCAGGGGUCGGCACUGGGCCCAGCCCUGUUUAAUAUCUUUAUUAGCCAUCUGGAUGAGGGGAUGGAGAGCCCCCUCAGUCACUUAACAGAUAACCCCAAGCUGGGUGGGUUUCUGAUCUGCUGGAGGGCAGGAAGGCUCUGCAGAGGGAUCUGGACAGGCUGGAUCAUGGGCCGAGCCCAGUGGUGUGAGGCUCAACAAGGCCCAGUGCUGGGCCCUGCCCUUGGGUCACAGCAACCCCAGGCAGUGCCACAGGCUGGGGCAGAGUGGCUGCAAAGCUGCCACAGGAAAAGGCCCUGGGGGUGCUGGUGACAGCAGCUGAGCGUGAGCCAGCAGUGCCCAGGGGGCCAAGAAGGCCAAUGGCAUCCUGGCCUGUGCCAGCAGUGGUGUGGCCAGCAGGAGCAGGGCAGGGAUUGACCCCCUGUACUCAGUGCUGGUGAGGCCACACCUCAAAUCCUGUGUCCAAUUUUGGGCCUUUCACUCCAAGAAAGACAUUGAGGUGCUGGAGCAUGUCCAGAGAAGGGCUACAAGUCAGAUAUCCCUGCAGGUGUUCAAAAAAUGAUCAGAUGUAGGACUUAGUCUAGUUGACCAGGUGGUGAUUGUUUAAACAUUGGAGUUCAUGAUAUUAAGAGGUCUUUUCUUACCUAAAUGCUUCUGUGAUUGUGUGAUUCUGCAACUGCAAAAACUAUGUUUAUUGGAAGCAUGCAGUCCAGAGUUUCCUUACUGACCUUGUAAGAGAAUGUGCCAGAUGUGUCCUUAGGAAAGGAAAUCACUGCAGACAGUUGUGCAUUGUCUAAAUGGUUACUCCAAACUCCUUCAACCACACUCCCCACUUCAAUUUACCCACUUCUACAGGUGCAGUUAUCACUGGAGCCGAAGUACUGGACAACUACAUACAGCUGGGAAAUAGUCCCAAAAUGGCAAUACUAUUUGCAAGUAAUUCAUAAUGCGAACUCUUUUAAAUCACAUUUUACUAGAAAGCAGAGUAUUUCUUCACAACGGGACUUUGAGAUUCUGCCCAGACACAAAGCCAUACUAAGUUAAUUCUCAAACAAGCAAGUCUAAUUCAUGUCAGAAUAGUAAAAACCUAAUUUAAAACUGUAAAUUAUGAAUAAGAGAAAUUACAAACAAAAUUAUUACUGAAGUAAGAAGACAGUGCCAAGUGACCCAAGCAAAGUGGUUAGAAGAUGACAGUCCUCCCUACUGUAGAACAUAAUGUAGAUGGGUCUGUGGCAUUUGUUACAAAGAGGCCUCAAGGGACAAAUUAAAAGUGAAAUAACAGCCUUCAUUGUGAAGCACCUUGCUUUUCAAACAUAAGUUAUUUUCACACUAUUUACAUUGGCACUGCUUUGGGAACAGACAGUAACAGCCUUUGCUUUUUAAUAGCUUUGAAAAUGCUUUAUAGAAAUUUGCUCUCAUAAUGAAGCUAUUUCCCAUUUAUAAUUUUCAAGGGAUUAGCUUCCUUAUUUUGCCUUGUGUAGAGGCUCAGAAGUCCAGUAGAGACAUUGUCUGUGUCCUGGACAUUGGGGGAUACAUUUUCUUCUUUUUCUCAUUCCUAAUGUGAGUUUAUCUCGUCUUCUAGCUCUGUUGUGGGAAAAAAAAAAAAAAAAAAAGGCUUUAUCUUACUACUGUUCACUGUUAUUUGGGUUUUCAUUUUAUGGGAACAUAUGAAGCUAAAGCCCAGUCUCCACCACCUCCAUAUAAAAACACAUUUAUACCAUUUGCCUGCAUUGUAUAGGCAGCCUUGUUUCAUCCUUUCCGAGAGCAUUACAGCAAAUAAGAGUGGCUACAAACUUGCACAGCUGAAAUGUUUCCAGAAGUCAGGCUGAGGAAAAGAUAUAUUUGCCCUACCAUAAAGAGUCUGGGCAAGUGAAGGCAUGUUAAGUUAGGGGCUUUUCUGAUGUUAAGGGUAGCAGGGAGAGUUCUGCAAGACGCUUUGGAGCACAGAGUAGGUGGAGGAAAACUCAAAAUCUGAGCUAGUAUCGUUUAAGGGUGAAGAUAGAGAUCAUAUUUAAAGGAAAAGCAAAGUUGUACGUGACCUCGCAGCAAAGUGUUUUCAGCCUCUGGCCACAAGGACUCAGCCAUCUCCUUGUGAAACUGAGUUUUCCUGGCUGCCAGACAGCCUUCAAUUUGUGACAGCAAAGACAGGUGCUCUGUGUUCAGAAGGUCAAAGGGUAAAAUACAUUGUGAUUAAUGUAAUAAUUAAAGUUUAUUCUGUGCUGUUUCCUGUAAAACAAGUUAGUGGAAAGACCAAGUAAUGCUACUGCACCCACCUUUUUACAACUCUGUGUUUGUCUACUUCCUAUUCUUUGAUUUCUCUCUUCAUAUGGUGCUGCUCGACUCUUCUGUUUUGAGUGUACAGUUAAGAAGUAAUAUAAGUACCAUAUUUAUUAUUCCUAGAAGUUUUAAUAAUUAUUAACAGUUUUGAAAAUGUCAUGUCUGCUUAGCUGAACAAGAUGUAACAGAGCUAACAUGUUGUACUCCUAACAGAUUUUGCAAAUAAUGUGUUGCAUAUUUAUUUCAUGUAGAACAUUGAGUUCCUGUUUAAAGCCACAGCUUGUGAAGUGAAAAAACUAUAUGUGAAUCUUUAGUUUCUGGCUUUCUAUCUCAAUAGUAAAAGCAUGUAUGAUGUAUUGUAUUAAUUUAAGCAAAUAAAUAUGUACUGGAGAA